CUUAUUAGUUGCACUUCAACAAACUCUCUCAGCACACUUCCCCACUCAGUAUCACUGGUACAUGGAAAUGGAACACCGGGUGGAAAUCCAGAAGAGAGGAGGGCAAAGCAGAGAAGACCUGAUCUCUGAACAAACGGGGUCUCUGGGAUGCAUCGGUUGGUUCAUUGUCGGCCUCUCUGGUUUCUUCACGCUUUGCCUCUUCCCCUUCACCAUCUGGUUCUGUCUGAAGAUCGUUCAGGAGUAUGAGCGCGCCGUCAUCUUCAGACUGGGCCGUAUCACAGACAGGAAGGCCAAAGGACCAGGAAUCUUCUUCGUUCUGCCGUGCACUGACUCUAUUGUAAAAGUUGAUCUGCGAACGGUUUCGUUUGACAUCCCACCACAGGAGAUCUUGACCAAGGACUCGGUGACGGUGUGUGUGGACGGAGUGGUGUACUUCCGGGUGAACGACCCCAUCGCCUCGGUGGCCAACGUGUCCAACGCUGACUCCUCCACUCGUCUGCUCGCACAAACCACUCUCAGGAAUGUUCUGGGGACCAAGAACCUGGCCGAGCUCCUGUCUGACCGUGAGGGCAUCGCUCACAGCAUGCAGUCCAGUCUGGAUGAAGCCACAGAUAACUGGGGCAUCAAGGUGGAGCGUGUGGAGAUUAAAGAUGUGAAGCUGCCCGUUCAGCUCCAGAGAGCCAUGGCUGCUGAAGCAGAGGCGUCUCGAGAGGCCAGAGCCAAGGUGAUUUCAGCAGAGGGUGAGAUGAACGCGUCUCGCGCCCUGAAGGAGGCGUCGCUGGUGAUCGCAGAAUCCCCGUCCGCCCUGCAGCUGCGGUACCUGCAGACGCUCAACACCAUUGCGGCGGAAAAGAACUCCACCAUCAUCUUCCCUCUGCCCAUGGAUAUCAUCAGUCACUUCAUGAGGAAGUGAUCGUUGACACGGAGUGCAGCACAUUUUAAAUUAGCCGUGGUGUAAUCUUAUGUAUAGGCAAAUGAAAAAUGUCAGAAUGUGAGUAAAUGCUGUCAUUACUCUGUGAAGUCAUCUCACAAACACCUGUAUGGUUUGUGUAGUUUGUGUAGUCAUGUUGGGACCAGGCCCCGCCUCCUCACUCAUGUGAUUUGUAGUAAAAAAGAGUGGUCAGUGUAGUUUACGUCUGGAUUUUGCAUGUUUCAGGAAGGAAACCUUUGACCUUUGCUAGAACACAUUUAUAUUUAAAUACAUUUAAUAUGAUUGUGUAAUGAAAUAUUGAAUGAACUGCUGCUACUGUUGUUGUUGUUGUUGGUGCCUUUUAAUUAUUUACAUUCAAUCACAUGUCAGUAGAUUAUAGAGUCAACAGCGUCUUGUUCAUGCUGUCAUAAUGUCAGAGUGAUCCUAAAUAUAAUAUAAUAAAUGAAUGGCAGAGAA